GCCCUGGUAAUUCAAGUGACAAGUAUGGCUAGGAAGCCUUGUUAACAUCAAGAACUCAUGUCGUUGUAACCAAAGCUAAAACAGAGAGGCUACACAUUAAAAAUGUCAAAAGUAAACUGAUCCCUGCUGAGUCUCAAAAAUCUAACAAACAUGUAUUGACAAACAGUUCACAACAAUUAAUUUUCUAAUUCCUCCUUUGCAUCUCUUUUCUUUCUUCCCUUCUUAUGGAAAUUCUCCCUGACAUAAACCAUGGCUUUUGAUCAGCAUCUUCACCGUCUUUUCAUCCUUCCUUUAGUGGCAACUCUUCUUGCUAGAGUUUCAGGCUCCCAUAUCACUACAGGAACUUCUGAUUCUGAUAUGCACUCUUUUCCUUGCUCUGAUAAAAUCCACACAUGUAGUGCCUCAUUGUAUCACAUCAAUAACAGUAUCCCACAAGAAAAAGUUGCCUUGUAUUACUCUGCAAAUUCAUCACAAAUGAAACCUAUCUCCCAUGGCAACGCACAAGAUUACCUUAUAACAGUGCCUUGUACUUGCAAAACCGUUAAUGGCACUACAGGAUACUUCUAUAAUACAUCCUACACAGUGGAGCCCAAUGACAUUUUUGUGGAAGUUUCUGCUGAGGUUUAUAGUGGUCAAGCUUGGAGAACUAAAGAGGAAGAGCAGUAUUUCAUCGCAGGAGAUGUGGUUCCCAUUUAUCUUUUAUGUGGGUGUGUGGGCAGUGAGUCUCAAAUUGUGGUAACAUACACAGUUCAGCCACAAGAUACAUUAACAAGUAUCGCAACUCUUCUUUCUGCCAGAAUCAGUGGCAUAAAGAGCAUGAACACAAUGGUGGCUCAUAACCCUGAUUACAUAGAAGUUGGUUGGAUUUUGUUUGUGCCCAUGGAGCUCAAUGGAAUUCCACCUCCUAAGAAAGGAUGGGGACACAAGCGCAUAAUAGUUGCUGCAAUAUUAUCAACCGUGACAUUGCUUGCAGGAAUCGCUUGUAUAUUAAUUCUUUUCAGGAGAUAUAGACGGAGAUCCCAACAAAACACAGAGGAUGAUCCUAAACCUGUAUCCAAAACCUCUAGUGGUUUUUCUCAUAGAGCAUUUUCCUUUCCCAGCCAAUAUUUAAGAGAAACUUUGGAAGAUGUGACAGCUUUUGAAACAGAAAGAACAAUGAUUUUAAGUCUUGAGGAGAUUGAAGAGGGAACAAAUCACUUUGAUGAAACUAAGAUAAUUGGACAGGGUGGAUAUGGAAGUGUGUACUAUGGGAUGUUAGGAGAGAAAGAGGUUGCUAUAAAGAAGAUGAGAUCUAACAAAUCCAAAGAGUUCUUUGCAGAGCUCAAGGUCUUAGGCAAAAUCCACCAUAUAAAUGUGGUGGAGCUUUUAGGGUAUGCUAGUGGAGAUGAUCACCUCUACCUAGUUUAUGAGUAUGUUCAGAAUGGUUCACUCAGUGAUCAUCUUCAUGAUCCAUUGCUUAAAGGUCAUCAACCUCUGUCAUGGACAGCAAGAACCCAGAUUGCACUUGAUGCUGCCAAGGGUAUUGAAUACAUUCAUGACCACACAAAAGCUCGGUAUGUGCACCAUGACAUAAAAACCAGCAACAUUCUACUUGAUGAGAAGCUGAGAGCAAAGGUUGCGGAUUUUGGAUUGGUGAAGCUUUUGGAACGAAGCAACAAAGAUGAUGACCUUAUAGCCACAAGAUUGGUAGGAACACCAGGCUAUCUUCCUCCAGAAUCUGUGAAGGAGCUACAAGUGACCACUAAAACUGAUGUCUUUGCAUUUGGGGUGGUCCUCGCGGAGCUCAUAACAGGUCAACGUGCUCUUAUUCGAGAUAACCAAGAACCCACCAAGACGAAAUCACUAAUUACUAUUAUGAAUGAAGUGUUCCAAAGUGGAGAACCGGAGACCUCUUUAGAAAAAGUGGUAGAUGGAAAUCUUCGAAGCAACUGCCCCAUGGAUGAUGUGUAUAAGAUGGCAGAAGUAGCAGAGUGGUGUUUAAGUGAAGAUGCAGUUGGUAGACCAGAGAUUAGAGACAUUAUUGUAACACUAUCCCAAAUUGUCAUUUCCUCAACAGGGUGGGAAACAUCUUUAGGAGGGAAUAGCCAAGUUUUCAGCGGCAUAUUCAACGGAAGAUAAUCUUUUCUUGUUUGAAUUUUUUUAUGACUGAUAUCAACGAGGUACAUUUGCGAUAUAAAUUUUAUUUUUAAGCAAUAUUAUAUAUAUGCAUUUUGAAUA